UCCUCUCAUAAUUCACUUCAUUUGCUUCACUUCCCACCCACAUACCCUCCAUCCCAUCCCUUCAUUUCUACUCUUUAAAUUAUUCUUCUUGAAGCAUAUAAACAAGUAGGAAUUAACAAAGCUAGGAAGCUUUGCACAAGGAACCAAAAAAAUGGAAGAGAAUAACAUAUUAUCAAUUGGAAUAUCAUUGCUUUGUGUAGUAUUAUUUAGUGUGUCAUGGAAAAUUGUAAAUUGGGUAUGGUUAAACCCAAAAAAGUUUGAAAGAUUGCUUAGAAAUCAAGGAUUUGAUGGCAAUUCUUAUAGGUUGUUGCAUGGAGACACCAAAGAUAGAGCUAAGAUGACCAUGGAAGCUACUUCUAAGCCUAUGCCUAAUCUAUCCAAUGAUUUUCUUCCACAUACUCUUGCAUUUUUUCAUCACACUAUAUCUAAUUUCGGAAAAAAAUGCAUGGUAUGGAAUGGGCCGCUUCCAUCGGUAAGCAUAGCAGAACCAGAUUUGGUAAGGGAAGUUUUUAUGAAGAUUAACCAAUUUCAAAAGCCUAAGUCAAACCCUAUCGGAAUGAAGCUUGUAUCCGGCUUGAUUAUCUUGGAGGGGAAUGCAUGGACCCAGCGAAGGAAACUCCUCACCCCUGCUUUCCACUUCGAUAAACUCAAGUUUAUGGUUCCAGCAAUAUGGGAAAGUUCAAAAGAGAUGAUCAAAGAGUGGGAAGAAUUGGCAUCAAAAACAGGUUCAUGUGAAAUUGAAGUUUGGUCAUCUUUACAAAAAUUAUCUGCGGAUAUGAUUUCUAGAUCUGCUUUUGGAAGCAGUUAUGAAGAAGGGAAGACAAUUUUUGAUCUUAUAACCGAACAAAUUAAGAUUGUGAUUCCUGUUUUUAAUUCUGUUUAUAUCCCUGGUUGGAGAUUUUUGCCAACCAAGAGAAAUAGAAGGAUAACAAAAAUUGACAGAGAAAUCAAGAAUCUACUAAAAGAUAUUAUUGACAAAAGAAAGAAGGCAAUAAAAACUCAAGAAAAGACAAAGGAUGAUUUGCUUAAUACACUGUUGGAGUCAAGUUAUGAGCAAGAAGACAAUGGGCAUGGAAAUAAAAAGAAAGACAUUCAUUUAAAUAUUGAAGAAAUUCUUGAUGAAUGUAAAUUAUUUUACUUAGCAGGACAAGAUACAACUGCUUCUUUAUUGGUAUGGACAUUAAUUAUGUUGGCAAAGCAUCAAACAUGGCAACAACUAGCAAGAGAAGAGAUUUUCAAUGCAUUUGGAGAUAAAAUACCUCAAUUUCAUGAUUUGAAUCAUCUUAAAAUAGUAAAUAUGAUACUACAAGAGGUGCUAAGAUUAUAUCCACCAGUAAUAGAAACAAAUCGUCAAGUAACCCAAGACACAAAAAUAGGAAAUAUGAUACUUCCAGCAGGUGUUGUGGUGAAUAUUCCAGUUCUACUUAUGCACCAUGAUGAAAAGAUAUGGGGUAAUGAUGCAAAAGAAUUUAAUCCAUAUAGAUUUAGUGAAGGAAUAUCAAAGGCUAGUAAAGGAAACAUGUCAUUCUUUGCAUUUGGUUGGGGACCUCGAAUAUGUAUUGGAUCUAACUUUGCUAUGAUCGAGGCCAAAUUGACGUUGGUUUGCAUUUUACAAAGGUUUGUAUUUGAGCUUUCACCGUCUUAUCUUCAUGCCCCUUCUGCUAUUGGAAGUCUUAGACCCCAAUUUGGUGCUCCAAUCAUAAUUCGUCCACGAAUCAUGGGAUCAUAGUUUGGUGGUUGAGGGCUUUUGCAUUUCGCUUUUAUCUUUGUAACAUAAGUUUGAUUUUCACUACAUAUGUACAAGUUGGAUAAAUUCUCUCUUACCAUGCCUGUAUGGAUUGAGAUUCUCUGACCUACAUCUAAUAAAUUCUCUCUUACGAGUUGAGGGACUUAUUGGCCGCGCUCUCCUUUAUGGGUAUGAGUUGUCGCCGUCCUUUCUCCCUAAAUCCUGCUCAUAAUUUUAUGAGCGGGAUACACUGGAUAAGAUGAUGAUGAUGAUGUCUUGUUUUAAUGUUAAAAUAUGUAAUUUUCUUUGGAAA